CUCUUUGAGAUCUCGGUUCCCUUGACAAGUGUUCCUGAGCCCGUGCCAAUCAAAAUUGCCAAUCACACAGGUUGUAAGUGUCUAUCAAAUACCCAGCGCCACCAGUACGCCAUCAUACGAAGAUCUGUCCAGUACCCAGAAGAAGAUGGAUGCCCCUUUACCAACAAAAUUUGCCAUAAUGGAUGGAUCUGGGAUAGUGACAAAUGUGAAUGUGUUGUAGAUGUAGAGCACCCCAACAGACGAGAAGGACUCCCUCCUCUUGCUGAGCUGGCUAUGUGUGGACAACAUAUGGAAUUUGAUGAAGAAAACUGCGAAUGCAUCUGUAGACAGAAGUGUCCUACAGAUUUCUUUCAAAGUAAAGAGAACUGCAGCUGCUAUUUGUGUAGGGAGAGCCGGGAGAGCUGUGCUCUAAAGCACAAGAUAUUUCAUGCUGAAACCUGCAGCUGUGAGGACAAAUGUCCAUCACAACCCAGAACAUGUCCAACUGCAAAACCAAUGUGUUCCAGGCAUUGUCGUUGUCCGAAGGAGAAGAGAGGUUCUCAUGGGUCUCAAAGCAAAGAAACUCCUUGACUGAGCUUCCCCUAUUCUCCAGAAGGUCACUGCUUUGCAAAGUAGCUGUCACUGACUUUCAAACAAUAGUAAACACAAACACCUUCCACAUUAAUAGCAGAAGAAUGAAUCCAGUCUGCAUUUAUUUAUUAGAAUAAUCACUAACUGCAGAUGAAUCCUCUGGGACAUUGAAAAUUUUUCUCUAAGAGGUAACGACAACCGAUGAAUUGCUGGCUGCGUGGAAGAAAGAGUGGAAAGAGCCAGUUCGAUGUUAUGGAAGAUGAAGCUGGUACAUUGGUAACAGAGCCACAGUCACCAGCCCGUCCUUCAGAAAUUGAGACUAAAUAAUCUUAGCCUCUGAAUCCUUAGCUAAUGCAGCUCCUGGGUGAAAGUUUCUUCAGAAAUUCAGUGUACAGGAUUUGGCUUCUAAUAGGUUCAGCACUGAGUUAUUUGUUCUACUGUCCAGCUUUGAUUAUCAUUUUGAGUUUAUUGUACAACUACUGUCAGAUGUGCCAUAUUUAAAUGUAUAUAAGAAAAUAAAUACAUCAGUUAUUCAA